GAUUCAUUAAAAAUCGCCCAUUAGUAAGGACUCCUCGUUGAUACAAACCAGAGAGCUUUCUUCUCCCUUUCAUUUCCUCCAUCAUGAGGAUCAAAUAUCCCGAGAGAUUCUUUCGCCAUCGUGUUUCUAAGAGAUGAAAACUCUGAGCUUUGGGGAUGGGAAUCCAGCCAGAAUAAAGCAACCCUCCAGCCGAAAUUGAGUCAAUCCAUCUAUAACUUUGAAGACGUAGUGGCACUAGUAGGAGCUUUCGUUAAAAUGCACGUUUCAGUCUUCAUCGUCACCAAUCUGUUUUUAAUGUUCAGAGUAGUCGACGUGACCCCGUCACCAAAAGUGCCUAGCGAGAGGGAGGCUAUCUUGAUCCCGGGUGACGUCGUCCUGGGAGGUUUAUUUCCGGUGCAUGAGAAGGGAGGUUCCGCUUGUGGCCCGAAGAUAUACCACCGUGGAGUUCAGCGUUUGGAGGCAAUGCUUUUUGCCAUUGAUCAAAUCAACAAGGAAAAGAGGAUUCUGAAAGAUAUACAGAUUGGAGUGCAUAUCCUGGACACCUGUAGUAGAGACACCUACGCCUUGAAUCAGAGCCUUCACUUUGUGCGUGCCUCCUUGUCCAAUCUGGACUUAAAUGUCCUUGAGUGUGUGGAUAAGUCCCAACCAAAAUUGAAGAAGACAGUUAAUUCCGGGACGAUUUUCGGAGUAGUUGGGGGAUCUUACAGCUCCGUUACCUUACAGGUGGCGAAUCUAUUAAGGCUGUUCCACAUCCCUCAAAUAUCCCCGGCCUCUACGGCCUCUGCUCUGAGCGAUAAGACUAGGUUUGAUUACUUUGCGAGAACUGUACCCCCAGACACUUUUCAGUCUAUAGCUCUAGUGGAUGUUGUCAAGAGUGCUAAUUGGUCCUAUGUGUCGACGGUCUACUCCGAGGGGUCGUAUGGAGAAUAUGGAAUCGAGGUUUUUACAAAGGAGGCAACGGAGAGGCAUGUGUGUAUUGCUGCAGCUGAAAAAGUUCCGAGCACUGCUGAUGAUCAUAUCUUUGAUGGGAUUAUUCAAAAGCUUAGCAAAAAGCCUAAUGCAAGGGCAGUAGUAUUAUUUACUAGAGCUGAAGACGCAAGAAAGAUUUUGGAAGCUGCUAAGAGGUCCAAUUUAACGCAGCCUUUCCAGUGGAUUGCGAGUGAUGGUUGGGGCAGGCAAAUGAAAUUGGUGGAGGGUUUAGAAGAGGAGGCUGAGGGUGCUAUCACUGUAGAGCUCCAGUCUAAGAAUAUUCCUGAGUUUGAUGAAUAUAUGGCAACUCUUACGCCGGAGAAUAAUAAAAGGAAUCCCUGGUUUGGCGAGUAUUGGGAGGAGGUUUUCGGAUGUGUUCUGAAGAAGAAUUUUGGCAAGCUAGCGAAUAAGAGUGUUCAUCAGUGUUCACCUGAUUUGAGGCUGACAGAAGAGAUGGGGUUUGUUCAGGAGUCGAAGGUACAGUUCGUUUGGGAUGCGGUUUACGCGUUCGCGUUAGCGCUGCAUAAUCUGCAGCAGGACAUCUGCAGAAGAAGCGAGGGUUUGUGCAAUAAUAUGAUAGCUUACGACAAGGGAGAGUUCUACAAGAAGUAUCUGCUAAACGUCUCCUUCAUAGACCCUGCUGGCAGUGAGGUGAAAUUCGACAGUCACGGAGAUGGACUUGCACGCUAUGAAAUUCUCAAUUUUCGGAAAAUGAACCUCAGCAGUCCUAACGGAUAUCAUUACAAGGUGGUGGGCAGGUGGUUAAGUGGCGGAUCCCUUGAGAUUCAAACAAAUGAACUCGUAUGGGCACGUGGCGUGAAAGACAUUCCGAUAUCAGCGUGCUCAUUACCCUGCGAACCGGGGAUGAUUAAGAAGCAACAGGGUGACACUUGUUGCUGGGUUUGCGACCUAUGCGAAGAGUACGAGUAUGUCUUUGACGAAAUGACAUGCAAGGAUUGUGGUCCAGGCAGAUUACCACAUCUUGAUAAGAAAGGCUGUUAUCAGCUGCCCAUCAAGCAUAUCAGGUGGACCAGUGCGUUCGCAAUAGUGCCUGCGGUGAUAUCCUGUUUGGGAAUCGUGACUACCCUUGGCGUGGCAGGGUUGCUCUUCAAGCACCGAGACACGCCAGUGGUUAGGGCAUCCGGAAGGGAAUUAACGCUCAUCCUCCUGGCUGGUGUUCUCUUCUGCUAUCUGAAUACAUUCCUCCUUUUGGCAACCCCCACAACAGCCACGUGCGUCCUUCAAAGGUUUGGAGUUGGGGUCAGCUUUAGUGCUGUUUAUGGUGCUCUGCUGACCAAGACAAAUAGGAUUGCAAGGAUCUUUGACUCAGCUAGAAGGUCUGCUAUGCGGUUAAGAUACAUCAGUCCUACCUCUCAAGUCUGCAUUGCUGCUGCUCUAAUUGCCUUUCAGGUGGUGUUGACUUUAGUCUGGAUGAUUGUUGAGCCUCCAGGUACCCGCCAUUGGUACCCAGAUCGAAAAGAGGUGAUCCUCAAAUGCAAUAUUCAGGACAUGAGUUUCCUCUUUUCGCAACUUUACAAUGCCACCUUGAUCCUCGUAUCCACCAUCUACGCCGUAAAAACCAGAAAGAUUCCGGAAAACUUCAACGAGAGCAAGUUCAUCGGAUUUACGAUGUACACAACAUGCAUCAUUUGGCUCGCUUUCGUGCCGAUUUAUUUCGGUACUGGGAAUGCCCACGAGACACAAAUCACCACACUUUGUAUAGCUAUAAGCUUGAGUGCUUCAGUGACUUUAGUCUGCCUCUAUUCUCCUAAAGUUUACAUUAUCAUCUUCCAGCCAGACAAGAAUGUUAGGGGUAAAGUGACGUUGGGAGGCAGUACAUUCAAGAAACAAUGCAGCAGUGCGGGUACUUCCUCGGUUUCCAAGUAUACGGGUUGUGAGAUGAUAAAAGAAACUAUUCCUCUACAGUCUGCGCUGACAGCAGCAGUACAAACGUCAAUGGGUGUGACUGAAAUCUCAUUAUCGUCGAACGCCUCAACCAAAUUACUUAACAAGGAACAAAUAGCUCAACUUUAAACUUUAAACUUUAAACAAAAGACUUGGUGUGCAAGACGAUGUCGUUCGAUAUUUAUCUCGACUCAUUUGAUCGAGGUAUGUAAGUUUGUAAAAUUUGCCAAACAGUAUUUCUUCACGACGUAGUGCGCGUUUAAGUGCAAAAGACUCUGACAAAUAAUGCAAAAUACUGAACUAUAAUCCAUCGGGAUCUUCAGCAGGAUUAUGCGAUAAAAAUAGAGACUAAAGGUGAUCAUGCAGAGUAUGUGCUGUACCGUAGUUUUCAUCUUAAUUAUCAAAAUCGGCUCUGAUUGUGAGAUAUAAAAAAACCUAAAUUAACAGAAAUUAUAUUGUAAUAUAAUUUUCUAUAUAUAAAUAACGCCACAAAGGUAAAAACAGGAAUGAAAUAUAGAUUUUUGUCGUUUUGCGCGAAAAGCUGACUUUUAAAACUUUCCCAUGUGGGAAGCAUAUAACUUAUAUCGAAGGGAGGUAUAGAAACGGUAAUUACGAACUUUUGAAAAUGUGGCUUCCAAGAAGAUGAAACUGGGAACACUUAAAGUGGAAAAUCUCCCCUCCUGAGGUUUUAUGACCCUCAUAAGAUGUUUUAGAACCGGAAAAAGUUAUUCAGAUAGUCAAUUUAACGUUCAAUAUAAAUGGUGCAGCAAUUAAAGAGAAACAUGAGCCUUGCGUUUAGUAAGUGGCAAUCAAUUAACUCUUACUCAAAUUAUUCUUAAACCUAUUUUAUGUACAUAAAGUUAGUAAUUUGUGAAUCAAAUGGAAAAUUCUUGAUAAAUUCUAGGAGGUUUUGUUAAAAAUGAUAUAUUUUAAACGAUUUUUUUUAUUUCUUGUUUUUACUUAUUCAUCUGAAAUUAUAAUAUUGUUAAUAAACUUAAAACCGGGGUUAAAGCGAAAAGAUGCGACCUCAAAUUGACCUAUAAGUUAGAAAAAUUAAUUCCUUUUUAAACAAGAAAAAAAGUCUCUUAAAAAGUGUUUUAUUGCUGCUAUUGUGUACACGAUUUAAAUAGCGAGAUUCAUAAUUGACGCCAAAAAAAAAUUGAUUUUUUCUAAAAAAUUCCAUCGCAGUGUGAAAAAAUAAAAUGUAAAUAACUGAAUUUUAAAAUGAAACAAACGAAAAUUCAGAUUAUUUCAUGUUAUCAUAAGCCACCAAUAAAUUGAUAAUUCACGCGGAUGUUAUAGAAGUCAGAUUUAAAAAUUGCAGGUCAUUUUAAGGUAUUCAGAUCAACUUUUAAAAAGAAGACAGGUCAAAUUUGUCAAAAAUUCCUUUAAAAAUUUUAUUGUAUUGUUUGCAAUAUGAUUUCCCUUAAAGUUCUGGCAUACUAUCGACGGAAAUUAUCGACACGCCUCGUUCUUUGAGCUGUGGCUAAAGUGACUUAAUUUUUAUAAUAAUACCAUGAAAUUUUUUUCUCUAACAAUAGUGUGAAAGGUAUUGAAACAACGUCAAAUUGGAAUGUUUUAGAAAAAUUGGUAUAAUUCUGGAGAUAAUUAGCCGUUUUUAAAGUUCUUGGAUUCGUUUGAAAGGCAACCCUACAGUAUUUAACUAAAUUGUUACUAUUUUUAAAAUUUUGUCCCUAGAUUCUCUAGGGUGAAUGUGUGUGCAAAAAGUAGUGAAAUUAAAAAAAUGUGGUAAUACUUACAUUUAAAAAAAAUCAUUCUUCUAAAAAUAUAUGAAAAAUUUAUCAAAAUACUAUAGAGACUUGCCUUUAAAAUUAACCAAAGAAAUAAAAAAAAUUUUAGUUAUUUUCAGAAUUAUGCAAAUCCAUCAAAAACACCCCAAAUUUACGUUUUUUCAAUAUCUUUUUAUAAAAGAGCCUUGAAGGCAAAAUGACACGUUGCUUAUUUGAUUUUCUACUUGAGCUUAUUAGACGCUUAUUGAAUUUUCUGCUUUAGCAUCAGAUCAAAAAAUAUUUUUGUUUUGAUUUAUACAAAAAAUUGGUUAGAAUUCGCUUUGUUUGAUU